AUGUCGGAAGCCGUGGGAGAAGAAGAAGCGCCAAAAGAAUUUGUCAAGAAAAAGUACGAACCAAAGAAGUUGCACACAAAUGAAGUCGCGUCGUUGUUUGAUCUGAAGAGUGAAUACUUGAAGAAAAAGAAUGACAUUGUGCAAAGCGCUUCCGGCGAAAUCUAUCGCGGUGGAAGAAGUAAUGUCUUGGCUAUCAAUAAAGAAGAAAAGAUCUCAAUUAAAAGAGAAGAACAAGAACGAAAAAGACGCAUUAAUGAAAGUGAGGCUGCUCUGCGAAAGGAGGAGGAAGAACGACUUGAUCUAGUCAGGAAAAAGCUCAAGGAAAAAUCUGAGCUUUAUGAGAAACUCUCCGAAGGCAAAGUCGUUCUCGAGCAUAGCAAUGGACUCGAUGUCGAAUUUCUCGUUGAUUUCAAUGCAAAAGUUGAGGAACAUCGACAGAACCAGUUAAAAUCAAAUAACAAUUACCACGAAGAGGAGCCGACUACGUCGGCUGAUGUCCAACCCACACCUCUCGUCGAGCAUUAUGUGCCUGAGGAAGAAAAAAGAGUAUAUGGUGUCUCUCAUAUGAAGUUCUCGACGGAUGAGGAGAAACGUCAAGCGCAAAUCAAAUCACUUUACAACAUGACUGCGGAAACAGCGAAAAUGAGAGCUAAAAACAAGUCUGAAGCUGAUGAGAAGGCACGGGCCAAGAGAGAGAAACUGAAUGCGCUGCGGAGACGGAAAGGUGUACCAGAAAUCAGAACACCAUCGCCUGAACCGGAGCCCGAAGAACCUGAACUGAAUCUUGAGGAGAUACCUCUUCCUAUUGAGAAGCCCUUGAAAGAUCGCGAACAUAAAACUGUGCGAGAAUGGGAUCGAGGAAAAGGUCGUUACAACACUUGGAUUCAGAAGCAGCGUGAUGAACGCGACGAAGAAUUCGCUCCACCUUCGUUUUACUAUCAAUAA